AAAUGGUGUCAUUUUAUCAGAAUAAUAAAAGAAAAUAUUGAAUAAUGAAUUGUUGAAUAAUUAAUAAAAGGGAAUUGAAACCAGAUCCUAAGUUUUACAUCUAAUUUUAAAGUAUAACAAGUUGGUUGAAACCGUUUAGUUUAACCUAUAUCAGUGCUUCAGAUGUGACUUUCUAAACUCAGUUUAAACAAAGCCAAACAAUCAUUAUUUUUACGUUAUAUUGAUCGAAUUUUCGCUAAACCAAGAUGGGCAAAGCAGAAAAGGGCACUCCGAAGUACAUAGCAAACAAAAUAAAGGCUAAAGGCCUGCAAAAACUGCGCUGGUAUUGCCAAAUGUGUCAGAAACAGUGUCGCGAUGAGAAUGGGUUUAAAUGCCAUACCAUGUCUGAGUCCCACCAGCGGCAGCUUCUGUUGUUCGCUGACAACGCUUCGAAGUAUAUUGACGACUUUUCCAAGGAGUUUGCUGAUGGCUAUGUGGAGUUGUUACGUCGUCAGUUUGGUACUAAGAGGGUUAACGCCAACAAAGUUUAUCAAGACUAUAUUUCUAACAGAGACCACCUCCACAUGAACGCAACGCAAUGGGAGACCCUCACAGAUUUUGUGAAGUGGCUUGGGAAAGAAGGCAAGUGUGUGGUGGACGAGACAGAGAAGGGCUGGUAUGUCGCAUACAUAGAUAGGGAUCCUGCCACCAUCGCUGCGCAGGAGGCUAAAGCUAGGAAGGAGAAAUUAGAUAAAGAUGACCAGGAGAGGAUGCUAGAGUUUGUCCAGCGUCAAGUGGAGAAAGGGAAGAAAGAGUCCACAAAGCAAGAGCCCACAUACACAGAGUUGAAGAGAGAGAGCAGUCAAGAGAGACUCACUCUCAGUCUCAAAUUGAAGAGGAAGACUGAAGAAUCCAAACCCACCACAUCAAUAUCAGCGUUCAAAAUGAAAGCAAAAGAAGAAUCUUUGGUGAAGAAACAGAAAUCAGAAGAAAAGAGUAAGCAGACUGCCCUGGAUGAAAUCAUGGCUAUGCAGGAACGAGAGAAAGAGAAGGCGAAUAGAAAAGACUACUGGCUCACCGAAGGCAUAAUAGUCAAAAUAGUGACAAAAUCCCUGGGAGACAAGUUCUACAAGCGAAAAGCGGUAGUGGAGCGAGUUGUUGACAAAUAUGCGGCUCACAUCAAGUUAACAGAUGGAAAUGUCAAGUUAAAACUUGACCAGAACCACGUGGAGACUGUGAUCCCUUCCCCGGGUCGGUCGGUUUGCUUCGUGAACGGAGCAUACCGUGGGAAAAUCGGCGUUUUAAAAGACAUCAAUACAGAUCGAUUCUGCUGUGAAGUGGAGAUAUCGGAAGGUCUACUCAGAGGCCGAAUAGUGAAGGACGUGCAGUAUGAAGACAUCAGCAAGUUGGCCACGUGAUAUAGAUCUAUUGAUUAAUUAAUUGAUAAAUAAUUAUGUAAUAUAGGAAAAUAAAUUAUUUUUAAGAUUUUU